AUGUUGGGACUAUCGGCUUUUGUCCCUCGUGACCCUUUCUACCAGCUCACAAUCGCUCUGUGCUUCGUGGGUAUACUGGUAGCUACAGUCUUUGUCUUUGCUCUGAGGCCGAAGAGCAAAGGGCAGCCUGUGGGUACACUCGAGGCAUACCUGAAGUUCGCCUACGGAUGUUUCCUCAAGCCGCACACUGGUGAUGGCUCUGGCAGCCAGCAAGACGCCCUGGAAAGCUUCUACAAAGCGCAAGCAGAUGUUUACGAUGCUACGCGGGUUCGACUUUUGCGUGGCCGAGAGGACAUGCUCGGUCUCGUUGCAGCACAGUUGAAGCAUCGCGCCGAAUCUGGAUUGAUCUCUCAGCGCCCAGUCUGGGUUGACGAUGCACGUGCAUUCCGUCUCCACGAGCAUGAGCCUGAGGCGUAUCAACGCAAGCAGAUCGUAUCCCAAGGUCAAGCAGUACGCGAUCUCGAUGAGAACGCAGAUGCCGGUGGUGCCGAGCUCGUGACCAUGAGCUACGCACUUUCCAUGAUCCCGGAGUUUUACUCAGCCAUCGAUUCGAUCGACAGCCUCCUCAGCCACAAUGGUGUGAUUGGAGUAGUCGACUUCUACGUGCAGAACCAGGUUGACUUCAUGGGCCGAAACUACAUGGGUGGUGCUAUUGACCGGCAUUGCAUGUGGAUCUCGCGCGUUUUCUGGAGGACAUGGUUCGAGAUUGAUCGCGUAAAUUUGGAGCCUGCGAGACGUGAUUACCUAGAGUACCGCUUCGGUACCGUGCUUGGUAUCAACGCUCGCAACAACUUCUUUAACAUUGGUAUCAAACUUCCCUACUACAUCUGGGUAGGCUGUUCAAAAGACAGCGGUGCUGCGACCCAGAAGCUAGCCGAGAUUGACGCGGCUGCCACUGAAUCACCAUACCUUUCCGCACUCGACCUGCAGACCGGGAUCACCCAAACCGAUAUUGAAGUUCACUCCAAAGCCUACGAAUCUGCUAUCGUCAACCUCCAGUCCAGCUUACCACUACCAGCUACAUGGUACCAGAACCACCACUGGCGUAUCCACUAUGAUUCGUCGCUCCCCAAACAUACUCGCUUCAAUGAUUCUUACAUCUACGCAUUUACCUGGGAAGACGAUGUCGCCGAUAUGAGACUGCUGAAGCCAAACCAGAAUGAUGUUGUCCUCGCAAUCGGUUCUGCGGGAGACAACAUUCUAGCCUUCUGCCUCGAGAACUGUCGCCGUGUCCACGCCGUUGACCUGAACCCAUCGCAAAACCACCUCCUGGAAUUGAAGGUCGCUUCGUUCACCGCUUUGGGCUACCAGGACUUCUGGAAGCUCUUUGGCGAGGGAAAACACUCCGAUUUCCACAAUAUCCUGAUCCAGAAACUCAGUCCACACCUUUCCUCCGAAGCCUUCCAAUUCUGGCUGCACAACGGCCCUUCAAUCUUCUCCUCUACAUCAUCCAAAGGUCUCUACUACUCUGGUGGCUCAGGCUACGCGCUCACCGCCGCAGGCUGGCUCUUCCGUCUGCUCGGCAUGACUGAAGACGUUAAGAAGCUAUGCGCUGCCCAGACACUCAACGAGCAACGCGAAAUCUGGCAAAGAAGUAUCAAGAACCUCCUCCACUCCAAAAUUCUGACCUGGGCUGUACUUGGUAACGAGAAAUGGCUAUGGAAAGCCCUCGGCGUCCCGCCAGCGCAGCGCGCCGUCAUCGAAGCCGAUUUCAAGAAGCAAUCCGAUUUCGACGAGAAGAAGACUGUUGAGAAAACUACCGGAGAUGACUACAUGUCCUUCCACGAGGAGCCCUCCGACGACGCUCUCAAGUCCGACUCUGGUAACGCGAUCUACGAAUACGUACUCAACACCUUCGAGCCCGUCAUCAACACUACUCUCCUCUCCACCGGCAACCACUACUACCUUCUCACCCUUCUCGGCCACUACACACCACAAUCCCAUCCCACUUAUCUGUCACCCAAGUCGCACGUUAAACUCAGCAAGCCAAAUGCCUUCAACGGCUUGCGCAUCCACACAGACGAGAUUUCCGAAGUGAUUUCACGUAUGCGGCCAGGUACCCUGACUAUCGUGGUCGUCAUGGACAGCAUGGAUUGGUUCCCACCGACAGGAACUCAAGCGCUCAAGCAAAUCCGGGCGCUAAACCGCGCAUUGAAAGUGCGUGGACGUGUCAUGCUCAGAAGCGCGGGUCUGGAGCCAUGGUAUCUGAGAGUAUUUGGCGAGUGUGGAUUUAGCUGCAAGAGGGUGGCGGUUCGCGUGCCGGGAAGCUGCAUCGACAGGGUCAACAUGUAUGCAUCGACGUGGAUUUGCACGAAGGAAGUUGGUAUUGAAAGUAGUCCGCGAAUGAGUCCGAAGGCGAGGAAAGCGUCAUUGGCGGAGAUGAUGCUUGAAGGUCCGGCUAUGCGUAUGGAUUAG